CCGUGAAACAGUUCUAGACGCCAUAGUUGUUCGCGUUGAGAACUCAACGCGUUGUGACUGUGAUUUGAAUUUUCCCCAAAAGUUUCCCCUUUCCGGGUGUUAUUUGUUGUUUCUAACUGUGAAGGUCUAAAAUAUCAAUCUUCCAAGAUGCCGCGUAUUAUGAUCAAGGGUGGUGUUUGGCGAAACACCGAGGAUGAAAUUCUCAAAGCAGCUGUUAUGAAAUAUGGCAAAAACCAAUGGUCUCGAAUUGCUUCGCUGCUGCACAGAAAAUCAGCCAAACAGUGCAAGGCUAGAUGGUAUGAAUGGCUGGACCCCAGCAUUAAGAAGACAGAAUGGUCCAGAGAGGAAGAGGAGAAACUGCUCCAUCUGGCCAAGCUGAUGCCCACACAGUGGAGGACCAUUGCCCCCAUCAUCGGCCGCACUGCUGCCCAGUGUCUGGAGCACUACGAGUUCCUGCUAGAUAAAGCUGCUCAAAGAGACAAUGAGGAGGAUGCAGGAGAUGACCCCCGCAAGCUUAAACCAGGAGAGAUUGACCCCAAUCCUGAGACCAAACCUGCCAGGCCCGACCCUGUGGACAUGGACGAAGAUGAGCUGGAGAUGCUGUCGGAGGCCAGAGCUCGUCUGGCCAACACUCAGGGCAAAAAGGCCAAGAGGAAAGCCAGAGAGAAGCAGCUGGAGGAGGCCAGACGGCUGGCUGCCCUUCAGAAGCGCAGGGAGCUGCGGGCCGCAGGCAUUGACAUCCAGAAGAAGAGGAAGAAGAAGAGGGGCGUGGACUACAACGCCGAAAUCCCCUUCCAGAAGAAGCCGGCCCAGGGCUUCUACGACACGUCCAUGGAGAACUACGACGCCCUAGAGCCUGACUUCAAGAGACUCCGUCAGCAACACCUGGAUGGAGAGCUGAGAAACGAGAAGGAAGACCGAGAGCGCAAAAGGGACAGGCAGAAGAUCAAGAAGAAGAAGGAGUCGGAUCUCCCGUCAGCCAUCCUGCAGACCAGCGGCGUGUCUGAGUUCACCAAGAAGAGGAGCAAGCUGGUGCUGCCAGCCCCUCAGAUUUCUGACGGCGAGCUGGAGGAGGUGGUCAAACUGGGCCAGGCCAGUGAGAUCGCCCGCCAGACGGCCGAGGAAUCCGGCAUCACCAACUCGGCCUCCAGCGCCCUGCUGUCGGAAUACAACGUCACCAACAACGCCAUGGCGCUCCGCACUCCCAAAACUCCUGCCGCCCAGGACAAGAUCCUCCAGGAGGCCCAAAAUCUGAUGGCCCUGACGAAUGUAGACACACCUCUGAAAGGAGGCCUGAACACACCCCUGCACGAGAGCGACUUCACGGGGGUCACCCCUACGAGACAGGUGGUGCAGACUCCCAACACUGUGCUCACCACCCCCUUCAGGACACCCAGCCAUGGCCAAGAGGGCAUGACCCCCCACAGCGGCAUGACCCCCAAACCCACGGUGGGCGUGACCCCCGGCCGCACCCCGCUGCGUGAUAAACUCAACAUCAACACAGAGGACGGCUCCGUCGACUACACCGACCCCGUCUUCACCAAACACAUGCAACGAGAGACUCGUGAGCAGCUGAAGAUGGCCCUGCUGUCACUGCCGGUGCCGAAGAACGACUUUGAGAUCGUGCUGCCUGAGAAUGCCGAGCGGGAGAUGGAGGAGCCGGAGCAGGACGAGAGCUUUGUGGAGGACGCCUCUGAGAUCGAGCUGCGCAAAAGGGCGGUCCGGGACGCGGAGCGGGAGAAGGAGCUGAAGCAGAGACACGUGGCCGUGCAGAGAGAGAUGCCCCGCCCCACAGAGGUGAACGAGACCAUCCUGAGGCCGCAGAGCGUGGAUCCCCCCCUGUCGGAGCUGCAGCUGGCCGAGGAGCUCAUCAAGAGGGAGAUGAUCACCAUGGUGCACUUCGACAGCCUGCACCACCCGUACGUCGAGGCCCUGAGCAAGAAGGUCAAGGGCGUGGGCUCCAGCUCCAACAACGCCGAGCACAUCGCCUACCUGGACAAGACCCCCUAUCACAAAGUACAAGAGGAGGACCUCAAGAAGGCGUCGGAGCUGCUGACGCAGGAGAUGGAGGUGGUGAAGCAGGGCAUGGGCCACGGUGACCUGUCCAUCGACGCCUACAACCAGGUGUGGGAGGAGUGCUACAGCCAGGUGCUUUACCUGCCCGGGCAGAGCCGCUACACCCGGGCCAACCUGGCCAGCAAGAAGGACCGCAUCGAGUCCCUGGAGAAGAGACUGGAGAUCAACCGCGGCCACAUGACCAUGGAGGCCAAGCGAGCGGCCAAGAUGGAGAAGAAGAUGAAGAUCCUGCUGGGCGGCUACCAGUCGCGCGCCAUGGGCCUGGUCAAGCAGCUGAGCGACCUGUGGGACCAGGUGGAGCAGGCCCACAUGGAGCUGCGCACCUUCGGGGAGCUCAAGAAGCAGGAGGACCUGGCCAUCCCACGCCGCCAAGAGGCCCUGAGAGAGGACGUUCAGAGACAGCAGGAGCGGGAGAAGGAGCUCCAGCAGAGGUUUGGAGACCUGCUCCUGGAGAAGGAGACCCUGGUUGGGGAGAAGCUUUAAAACCAAACGGAACUGAACGGAACUGAAUCAGACUAUCAUUCAUAGAGCUGGGCUGCUCAGAACCAGCUCUCUCUCUCUCUCUCUCUCUCUCUCUCUCCCUCUCUCCCUCUCAGCUCCAAAGCAUGUGACCCAUAACCCUGGACCGCUACGCUCUCUGUGCUGCUGGUCAAGCAGAAAACUAGCUUCAAGCACGUCUCUCUCUGUGCGCGUGUUUGUGUGUGUGUUGCUGUUUGUCGGCUUUCACGUUUUGUGUGGGUGCUGGACAUUAUGACUCGAUUCGACUGAUUAUGACUUGAUCCUGUGUCUCAGCUUUGGCUACAGUGUACAGGGGGAUGCUGUGGACAGGUAAUGUUUUGUGAGCAGUUAAUGUGAAGUUAACACGUCACAACAUUUAAUGUUUUAAAAUUAGCAAAAAAAUUGAUUUGUGGAUAUUGCUUUCGGUGAUCUGAAACAGUGUACAUAGCGCUAUGCUAGAUGUCAGUUAUUUUUUACAUUUGUCAAACUAGGCCCUCAAUUUCGGUUUAACGUUGGAUUUGGCUUCCUGUACUUGGUUUGCAUCAAGUGAGAUGAAUGGUCCUUAAAGGCAAGGUGAGGGGUGCCUUGGUAUGGUAAUAAAAUGUACUGUCGAUUCUAAAA